UUAUAUCUUUACAGUUAGUUUCUUGGCCGAUUUUGAAAAGUUCGGAGGUACCAGCACGUCUGGUUUCGUCCGAAUUUCGUAGUGUAAAGUUAGCUGAAUUUCGAAUUCGCGUGUUAGCGUGAUAAGGAGCAGUCAUUUUUUUCGAGUGAACGUGCGUGUCCACCGUUCGAUUUGGAAUUAGCAUAUCCUGUGACCCGAAAGCGGUUGUGCGAGCAGGGAAGAGGAGUUGCAGCAGUCAGAGGAGGAGCAGGAGGAUUCCUUUCCGCAGAUCCCCUGAAGCGGGAGGAAAGCCGCCACGUUGGAAGGAAAACGGCUUUUCACUGCAGUUAAUAAAUUUUUAACUGGUUCAACAAUAGCCCGCGAGUUUCGCCAACUAAUGACGAGGAACGCGGCUUUGAGUGGUGAUGAGCCCGACGAGGACCAGACGUCGGCGGCUGGAGCCGAGGGAGAGGAUCAGGAGGAUCUGGAUGAGUCGGUCCAGGAUGUCGAACAGCCGGGAGAUGAGGGUCACCAACGCAGCAGCGAGCAGCAACCAUCAACAGAGCAGCGCCGUCAGAGGCCGCGAAAGAAACUAACAACGUCCCAAGACAAGCAACCACAACGAAGUGCUGCCAUUUCGCAUCCAGACCAGGCGGAUGCGGAUGCGGACACUGACUCCAGCUCAUGCGAGGGCAUAAAAGUGGGUCAGCGGAGGAGCACACGGGUCAGCUACGCACAGAGGAACCUCCAGGUGGACGAACUGGAUGACUACGACUACGACGAAGAGGAGGAGAUGGAGGACGGCGAGGAGGAGGAAGAGUCCUACGACGACUACGAACAGUCCUCGAAGCCUGGAGGGCGUCUGCCUCCUCCGCGGACCGCCUUAAGUGUCCGUAGCAGACGCAAGACGAAAACCCGUCAAAUAUCCUAUGCUUCCUCGGACUUAGAGUUGGGAAUUGACGAAGGUCCAAACCUGAUCGAGGGCGAGUCGAUGGACAAACGCCGCUGCAUCUCCAAGGGACAGAUGAGGGAGUUCCGUGAAGCCUUUCGGCUUUUCGACAAGGACGGCGAUGGCUGCAUCACCAAGGAGGAACUGGGCACUGUGAUGCGAUCGCUGGGACAAUUUGCCAGGGUGGAGGAGCUGCAAGAGAUGUUGCAGGAGAUUGACGUGGAUGGCGAUGGCAAUGUCAGUUUUGAGGAGUUCGUUGACAUCCUGUCGAACAUGACUUAUGAGGACAAGUCAGGUCUAUCCUCUGCCGAUCAGGAGGAGCGUGAGUUACGCGACGCCUUCCGAGUUUUUGACAAGCACAACCGGGGAUAUAUCACAGCUUCCGAUCUGCGAGCCGUGCUGCAGUGUCUCGGCGAAGAUCUCGACGAGGAGGACAUUGAGGACAUGAUCAAGGAGGUGGAUGUGGACGGUGACGGACGCAUCGACUUCUAUGAGUUCGUUCACGCUUUAGGGGAACCGGAAGACUCGCAAGAGAACGACGACGAGGAGGAGAACACCACAUCGCCGCUACCCACGCCGAAAUCGGCAAUUUCUCUCAGCUACGACUAAUCGAUAAUCGAAUUCGUUACAUGUCCAUAUUGAUUGAUUGCUUACAGACGAAUUCAAGUUAAAAUUAAAUAAUGGAUUAAACCGAUACUCGAGCCACGGAUUGUCGACCUGCAAUAAUAUGAACAGCAAGGAUGUUCAGCAAUCGAACGACAGAGACUAGCAAGGUAUUGCUUAUUUGUUAUCGACUUUUUCGACUAUUAAGCCAAGGUUAAUCGAUAGCACAUCGAUCGACCAGCAUUAGCCAAUCAAAUGAACUAGAACUCAUCAAGAUUAUUACAUUAAGACCAGCUUUCUCGUCUUCAUGGUAGGCUCAGGCAAGUGGGUUUUAGUUUAGUUCAGAAUACCAAUGGAAAUGCAUAGCCUAAAACCCAGUUUUGGCAUUCCAUGAAGGCGGGAAGACGGCUAAUCAAUUGACCGAACGCACAGCUAAUCAAAUUAAAGCGAUUAUUAAAUAUCUAUAACCUAUUGAAUAAUCGAAUAACCAAUAAACGAUUUACUUUACAUCGAUAUAUAAGGGAAACUAACUCCAAUUUUAAAUCGCCAUCUCUACCUUUCCACUUAGGUCCAAUUGGAAAUCUAAACUAAUUUUAGCUUGUAACCGACAUAGAUACUUACAAUAUCUACCAUAUCCAACUUAGUAGCACAAAUACAUAUAUAUUUCAAGACAUAUCAUUGAAGACGCCUCUGUAAAUGUGUUUCGUAAGCCCUACUGAACCCCCAUCCUUAUAAAUAUACACCCACCAGUCCCUUUAGCUCCCUGUCCCUCCUGUUAUUAACCCCCUUUCCCUUUCUCUCUCCAUUUUUGAGUAGCUUACAUAAAUUUAUUUAUUUACAAAAUAUUUGCUCAACUAUUGCUGGUGCAGCAGAGCAGCCAAAAUACCAAACUAAAGCUUGCUAAUUCGAAAACUCUUUAAGUAUUAAACGAACAAUUUAAUGUAAUUUACAAUUUACAAUUUUAAUCUAUAUUUCAAAUCGAAAAUCCAA